AUGAGGAGGACGACCACCUUCUUCCUCCUCUCGCUCACCAUUCUCCUGGGCACAUCACUCGCCGUCGGCGGCGUCACCGAUGUGUCGCAGGAGGCUCAGCUCAGAAAGUUUAUGUCAUCCAGGGCCUUGAAAAGGCUGACGAAGAGGGCCAGCAGGGUGAACGAGGCCGAAGAAACCGACCCAUGGGCCGACCCCAACGCCUUCGCCCACCUGCCCGACCGCUGCAAGGGCCCGGCAAGCGGCAGCAAGGAAGCCGACAGGGUCCUGGGGCUGCCGGGCCAGCCUCCACGGGUCAACUUCCGGCAGUACUCCGGGUACGUGACGGUGAACGAGGAGCACGGCCGCGAGUUGUUCUACUACUUCGUCGAGUCCCCCUACGACGCCGCAUCUAAGCCGCUGAUCCUAUGGCUCAACGGAGGGCCAGGAUGCUCGUCUCUGGGAUUCGGGGCCAUGAAGGAGCUGGGCCCCUUCCGUGUCAACCCCGACGGCAAGACGCUGAGAAGGAACAAGCACUCCUGGAACAACCUGGCUAACGUGCUCUUCCUGGAGUCGCCUACGGGCGUCGGGUUCUCCUUCUCGAGGAACGCCAGCGACUACGACACAGAAGGCGACCACAGGACCGCCGAGGACACGUACGUGUUCCUGGUCAAGUGGCUGGAGAGGUUCCCCGAGUACAAGGGCCGCGACUUCUACAUCACCGGCGAGAGCUACGGCGGCCACUACGUCCCCGAGCUCGCCACCGUCAUCAUGCACAUGAACCGCUUCCCGGGCCUGCUGACUCGCAUCAACCUCCAAGGCAUCUUCUUCGGCAACCCGUUGCUUGACGACUUCAUGAACGAUAAGGGAGCACUCGAGUUCCUGUGGACCCACGGCGUGAUCUCCGACGAGGCCUGGGCGAAUAUCCUCGCCAACUGCACCUUCACCCCGGCCGACGACCAUCACUGCUUCAAUGCGGCGCACUCGUUCACGAGAGGGACCUACGAUAGAUACGACAUCUACGCGCCGGUGUGCCUGCAGUCUGACAACGGCACCUAUUUCGCCAGCAGCCACUCGUUGCCCGGCUACGACCCGUGCAGCUACCACUACAUCGAGCCGUACCUUAACAACCACGCGGUGAAGCAAGCUCUGCACGCUCGAGUCGACACCAAUUGGACAGGCUGCAGUCAAGUAAUUUGGGACUGGGGCGAUGCCCCCGAGUCCAUGGUGCCAAUCAUCAAAAGGCUGGUCAAUAAUGGGCUAAAAGUAUGGAUAUAUAGUGGUGAUUUUGACUCCGUAUGCUCACUUUUGGCAACGCGGUAUUCUGUCAAUGAUCUCAAUCUAACCAUCACAACAAAGUGGUACCCUUGGUACACCCCUGAUAGUGAGGUGGGUGGCUAUAUUCAGCAAUACCAAGAAGGCUUUACGUUUGCGUCAGUGAGGGCAGCUGGCCAUUUGGUCCCUACUUUCCAGCCAAAGAGAUCACUUGUUCUGCUCUACGCUUUCCUGAAGAACAUGCUCCCUCCUGCUGAUCCCAAGUACAGACCCCCUACUGGCCUGUGA